AGCACGCACGCCGGCUUGCUCACCUUGGGGCUUUCGUAAACCUAACAAAUUGGGGUUUCCAAGACACAGACCAUGUCUGUAGGAGUGGAGUCCGGUUUCUCCAACGACGAAGUGCUCAACAUACGUUACCCGCUUCACCGCGCAUGCAGGGAUGGAGAUGUCGGCGCACUGUGCUCGCUGCUUCAGCGCUCAACCAACCAGGCAGACUUGGUUGCCGAAGACUCUUUUUACGGCUGGACCCCUAUUCAUUGGGCAGCACACUUCGGGAAGCUGGAGUGUGUUAUGAGGCUGGUGCAGGUGGGAUGUGAAGUGAACACACUGACGACCCGAUUUGCCCAGACUCCAGCACACAUUGCUGCAUUUGGAGGACAUCCAGAAUGCCUUUUGUGGCUUAUACACAGAGGAGCUGAAAUAAACAGACAGG